CACGGGGGUGGGGCGAAGGGACCCCGGGAGGCCGAUGGGGAACUCGCUUCCCAGAAGAGGCGGGCAGCAGCGCCGAGCUCGCUUCGGGCAGGGCCGCCAUGGAGCAGCUGGUGAAGCAGCUGCUGGGCCCCCUGGAGAAGAAGGGCGAGCGGGAGCUGCAGCGCUUCGGCAAGAGGCUGGAGAAGUGUCUGAGGAGGGAGGGGGAGAAGCUCUUCGCCGCGGACACGCCGGAGGGAGGGGCGGAGCCGGCCCCGGAUAUUAACGGCCUCAGGGACAGCGCCGAGCACUGCGGGCUGGAGGUGGCUGUGAAGGUGCUGACAGAUCCGGACUGCAUCAGAAACCUGGCAGAGGCACUCGGCACAGACGUGCCCCCUGAAUCUGCAGCCACUGCUGUGCAGAGCAAGCCCCUUCCUAUGGGUGCCACAGCCGUAGCAGCAGAGUCCUCCCCCACAGUGAUUCCUGACUCUGAGCAGCUGGAAAUUCUCCCUUUGGACAAUGCAGAGGGACACACAGUUGUCCUGCGGAGCCCAGAGGUAUCAGAAAUAUUCCAGUCUCAGCCGCUGUUGGAGGGCAGCCACGUGGCCUUCAGCUGCUUCAUCGCAGGAUACUUCCCCCAGGAGCUAACUGUGACCUGGCUCAGGAGGGAGAGUGGAGCCAGUGUGGCCAUGCCCAUCAAGGACUCUGCUGAUUAUGCCAUCAUCCACAAGGAGACCCGUGCCAAAGACAAAGAGACCUACCAGCAGAUGGUGACGCUGUCCUUCACCCUGUUGGCACAGAGAGACCAUGGGGCAGAGUUCAUCUGCCAGGUGGGACAUGUGGCCCUGCAGACCCUCAUUGAGAGGAGCACCGGGAUGCUGGAGGUCAAAGGUGUAGCUACCCCCGACGCCAAGGAGGUUGCCCCCGACGCCAGGGAAGUGACUUCUGUUUCCAAGGAGGUUGCCCCCGACGCCAGGGAAGUUACUUCUGUUUCCAAGGAGGUUGCCCCCAACUCCAGGAAAGUUACUCCUAUUUUCAAAAAAGUUGCCCCCAACUCCAGGGAAGUUACUCCUGUUUUUGAAGAAGUUUCCCGCUACUCCAGGGAAGUUACUGCUGUUUCCAAAGAAGUUACACCUGACUCCAGAGAAUUUAAGCCCAUUUCCAGGGAAGACAUAGGAAGCACAGCUGGUAGAAAAGAGACACACUUUGUGGACCGGCACCGAGAACAGCUCAUCCAGCGAGUAACUCUGGUCGAGGGCGUCCUAGAUAAGCUGCUGGGUGACGUGUUGGACACUGAGCAAUAUCUGACCAUUACAGCCGAGAGAACCAACCCAAUGAAAAUGCGGAAGCUAUACGAGUUCAUGGUGAGCUGGAACAAGUAUUGCAAGGACCAGCUCUACGAGGCGCUGAAGGACAAGUGCAAGUUCCUUGUUGCAGAUCUGGAAGGGGAAUGAACACACACUCUCACUCACUCUCUGUCUCCCUCUCUCUCUCUCCCUUUGCUUCCAGUGUCUGUUGCAGGGAAGAAAACCCAUUUCUGGUUCUUCCCCAUGUUUCCAAAGAUGUCACAACUGGUUAAGACGAGGGCUUCAUGAAAACUUCCCCUUGAAAUUAUUUUUCAAUGGAAAAUCAGGUUUUUAACAAGAUAAAAUAUCUACUUUCUGAGAAAAAAAAUUAUUGUUGAAAAACCAAAUCUAUUUCAGCCAAAACCAGAAAAUAUUUCAAUGUGGGUAUAACUUAUGGGAGUUGUAGUUCACUUGCCUCAUCCCCAUUCUCAUCUAUGGACCAGGGCCCUCAGCUGGACUACAUUUCCCAUGAUACACCAUGGCCAGGGAUUCCCAUGAGGCAACUGCCUCACCAAAGGGAGAGACCAUGGUGCAUGCUGGAGCCCAGACUACAGUGGAGAAUGCGAUCACGAGGCACCAAAAUUUCAACACCCAUUUGGAACUGCGACAGCAUUUCCAAAUCAAAAUAUUUUGGUUUUAAUUUAGUGUUGGGUUUUUUGUUUGUUUUUUUGCUGAAAUAUUGAACUUUUCAGUGAAAAAUCUGGACAAGAAUGAAAUCUAUUUAUCUGUUUUUGUUUGGGGAUUUUGUUUAAAACAUCAGUGGAAAAAUCCUUCAUUUGCCAACAGCAGAGCCCCAAACCAAACUGCAGCUCCCUCUCCUCACCUGGCUCUCCCAGCCACCUCAGCCCCUGGCUGCUGCAUGCUGUUGGCAACGGAGCGUGAAGGGCUGGAGGCUGAACUGAACAGCUGCUGGGCUGCGCUGGUGAGGACCGCAAAUCUGGGGGGGCAUCCCCAUUUUAUCCUAGUCUCUGGGAAGAUAAAGGAUGUGAGCCCUGAAUCGCCAUAGCUACAUUCCUUCCUCUGCAGGGCCGACUCUUGGCCACCGCAUCCCUCCCUUUGGAUACAAAAAGCCCAGCGAUGCCCUCCUAGAGUUUAAAGCCAGAAGGGACCAUUAGAUCCUUCAGUCUGAUCUGUGUAGCCCAGGCGCUUACAUUUCCCACAGUUACCCCUGCACUGAGCCUUAUGACCUGCGUUUGACUAAAGCCUCUUCCACAAUGGCAGCCGGUCAGGUUUUGAAGACACCAAGAAAUGGAGGAUUCACUACUUCCUUUGGGCGUUUGUUCCACUCUGAGUGAGAAAAAUCGGGGCCUGAUUUCUAAUGUGAAUUCGUCUGGCUUCAGCUCUCCAGCUCCGGGUUCUUGUUCUGUUUUUCUCCAGCAGAUUGCAGAGCCUCGAACACUGCAGUAUACUGUGCCCUUCCCCCACGCUCUCACUUCCAUUACAGACCCAUUCGUCCUUUGUAUCAGGGCUUCGGGCAAGGCGAUUCCACCGCUGCCAGGACGAGGCUCUGCUCUGCUUCUCCUCAGACAUUCCCCAAGCCAGAACCCGGCAGCUGCUCCGGGUCUUUGCUGUCCAUCUAAGUCCACCAGCACCAACCUGUCAGGGCCCUGUCGGGAGAGGGGGCUGCCUAUCUCCCAGCCUGCUGAAAGGGGAAAUCACUGUAAUUCUCACCUUAACCAAUAGGGGCUGGUUCUUGUGAUUAGUUUAAUAUAGAGCAACUUUUGUACCUUUUGUAUUUAAAUUAAAAAGAAGGUGGUACCUGGCUGAGAGUGGGGCAGUCGUGCUCGUUGGUGGCAAGGAGGAUUUUGUGGUGGGAGGUGGAGGCGAAUGCAAGGGAGGAAGCAGCAGCUGCUGGGAGGGAGGGAAGGAGAGGACACUUGGACUGUGAUAAGUAGUAGCGGAACCUGAGCCAAACUUUCCCAGUCCCAGCUGAGUGGGAAGGGGACGUGGGUGGGGCGGAGUCAGGACUGGGUAUUCCCUGUGUAAACCCUUGGGGGUGUGAUCACUGCACCUGGGAGUGUGCCUGGGUCUGUGGCCUUGUGUUGGCAGGCAGGAGCAGCAGAAACUCAAAGCAGGGGGACCACGGGCACCUGAACUCCCUGUAGCACCCCUACUCCUAGAGGCUCUGCCCUGCCCCUUCCCUUGAGGCCAUGCCCCUGCUCUGCCCCUUCCCCCAAGACCCUGCCCCCCACUUGCUCCUCUCCAUCCCCUCCCACCCGUUGCUCGGCCAGUAAAAGUGGGUGGGCCAUGGUCUGGUAAAAUAGAUCUCCCCCGUUCCAGCAGCCCUGUUAGGAGGGCUCGUGUUAGCCUGCUAAACCUGCCUAUGUAGCCACUACAGCUUGUGCUGGCAUUCAGGGUGGUGUGGGGGGAGAUGGGAGGAGGGGUGUCGGCUUGGGAGCCUGAGCUCCAGCCUGAGCAGCAACAUCCAAGCAAUGUGUCUACACGGUAUUUUGUAGCACGACAGCUACCGUGACCACUCUAGCACAAGUCUGUGGAGCUGGGUGGGGAGUCUCGCUCCCAGAUGCAUGGAACGCGAAACCUUAAAUUAGAAUGAAUUAAGACUCGGCACACCACUUCUGAAAGGUUGCCGACCCCUGAUCUAGAGGUUACAGCGGAUCACGAGUUGACUACAGGUCAACAGUGUGAUGCUAUUGCGGAAAAGGCAGAUGUCAUUCUGGGGCGUAUUAACCGCAGUGUCGUAUGUAAGAUGGGAGGUAAUUGUUCUUCUCUUCUCAGCACUGGUGAGGCCUCAGCUGGAGCACUGUGUCCGGUUCUUGGCACCACACAUUAGGAAAUAUGUGGACCACAUUGUUGAGAGUCCAGAGGAGAGCAACAAAAAUGAUCAGAGGUUCAGAAAACCUGGCCUGUGAGGGAAGGUUG